AUGCCUGUACCACGAUUCGUGCCUGUCCCUAUCUAUAAAUUACCAGCCGAUUGCAUUGCAUUUUUCGAAUUCAUAAUGACAGGUUCUAAUUUUAGUUCUAAUCUACUCGAGGAGCAACAUCCUGCCUCACUGGCAAACUCGAAAGGAAUCUUAGACCUUGACUUGAAGGAUCUUAUAAUUAAGGUCGCUGUGAAUUAUGUCAAUUUUUGCUCGAGGCACCGCCUGUACUAUGCAACUGAUCAAUCCAGUGCUACUCAAAAUGCCACUCGACUCACAACAGAAGUCGUGAAAACUAUUUGAACCUUUCGUGCAAUUCUUAUUACGUCUCCCUGUUUAUUGCUGAAAGGACCUGAUGUGGAACAUAGCUCUUUCUAUCUAGCCGCUCAAUUUUACGAUGACAUUCAUUCCCGUGCAAUACUCCAACUUAUUCCCAGGCC